AGCCAGACUCUUCAAACGAAACCCCAUUGUAGCCGAUCAUCAAAAUACAAUUUUGACAUUGUUGUCUAUAUUAGAACUAUGAUAGAUCUUGUUUCAUUUUGAAUAUGAUUGUUUACUGGGCCACCCACUAGUAUGCAAGCGUUUUCGUUCUAUUCGGAAAGCGCGCAAAGAUCAAGAGAUCAUUUCAGGUACCAGAAAUUUAGGGUGGCAGUUUAUCAUAAGAGACAAACGAAUAAUUGAGCGAAAUUGGCCCUUUCUUGUUCAAACACUCAGCUGGCUUCUUAUUGUCCUUAGCACCUGUUGGGCGCGCUGUGAUUGGUUGAUACUAUGUUGACAUUGUCAAACGCGCUGGUUCAUCACAAGACAUGGAAGCCAUUUUACAAAAUAAAAGCAAAACCUAUCUACGGUUUCAAGUGAGCGCUUGGGCGAUCUUUUGAUCAGCUCUUCGCAUGGUUUGAAAUGCUUACGUGACAGUCUUUUGGCCCACACAAUGUAGCGUAAUAGGAAUGGGGAAAUGCUGGAAAGCGGUUUUCAAAGAAAUGGAAAGGGACGAACGAGGAUGAAAUGGGAAAAUGAAGGCGAUGGCCAAAUAUCGCUAUGAGUAAUUCACAUGCCCAGCGAGAAAACGACAAAUGCCAUGAUGUCCGGGAACACAGGUCUUUAAGACCCAAAAAUGGUGACAAUGAGGAAAUUUAUUUGCAAGAAGUUGAAGUCUGUGGUAAUACGUUGUCGACCACAACUUUAGAUGACGCUGGUAAGCAUUCACGAGACGAAGAAGCGUCGACGCCGGAAGAUCCUGGCACACGCUAUUUGACCCUGGGUAGCCUGGUACAAGGCUUACUCGGCUGUCUGAGGCCGGUGUGGAGCCUUCUCGGUAAAUCCAAUAAGAGUGAAAAAAGUGAUUUAUGGGUUAUACCGUUCGAGGAAAUUCACGAACUCCAGUGGCUCGGUUCUGGUGCACAGGGGGCUGUGUUUUUGGGAGUUUAUUCUGACGAGCAAGUAGCGGUGAAGAAAGUGCGACACGAGAAAGACACGGACAUCAAACACUUGAGAAAUUUAAAUCACCCAAACAUCAUACGAUUCAAGGGUGUAUGUAACCAGGCCCCAGUCUAUUGUGUAGUCAUGGAAUAUUGUCCUUAUGGCCAGCUUUUUGAGGUUCUCCGGGAUGGUCGGGAAAUAACCCCCGAGUUGCUUGUUGGCUGGACUACCCAAAUUGCAGAUGGGAUGCACUAUCUGCAUGGCAAUAAAAUUAUUCACCGUGAUCUCAAAUCGCCUAAUAUUCUUGUCUCAUCAAAUGACAUUCUGAAGAUAUCAGACUUUGGUACCUGCAAGGAGUUUAAUGAGAAAAGCGCUAAAAUGACAUUUGCUGGAACUGUAGCCUGGAUGGCACCGGAAGUCAUACGCAAUGAGCCAUGCUCUGAAAAAGUUGAUGUUUGGUCCUUUGGAGUUCUGUUGUGGGAGCUUCUGACAGGUGAACUUCCAUAUAAGGGAGUGGAUUCGUCUGCCAUUAUCUGGGGUGUUGGUAGCAACAACCUGCAACUACCUGUACCAUCCACCUGUCCUGAAGGCAUCCAACUCCUGAUGAAGCUUUGCUGGAACAGUAAACCUAAGAACAGACCCUCAUUCCGUCAAGUAUUGAUGCACAUUGAAAUUGCUGCAACAGAUGUCCUCAGGACACCACCAAAUACAUUCCAUGACCAGCAGAUUAGCUGGCGGUCGGAGAUCAGUGUAGAAUUUGAGAAGAUGCGUAAUGAAAGUGCAAAUCUCCAAAAUCUUCAUGAGCUCCGACGACUGGAUGAAGAGCUUAUCCAGCGUAGAAAAGAAGAACUCAAACAUGCACGUGACAUCCGGAUGCAUUACGAAGAGAAGUUGGAACGUGCAAACAGUUUAUACCAUGAGUUGAACUUAUGCAUGGAGCAGCUGGAACUUCGUGAGAAAGAACUUGUCAGGCGUGAAGAGCAACUUAAAGUUUAUAACAGCAGAUCCAAGAAUGUCCUGAGACCCGACAUCAUGGCGAAAGCCACGGUCGUGGAACGGAUGCUUGCCAAGCAGCGAAUAAUAUCUUCUCAAGGAUGCAACAAUUUGUCCAGCAGUUCUAGCAGCCCUCCUCGAGAUGAAGGCCUCUGGUGUCACCAAGCCAAUGGCGAACAUUUCUACAAGGCUGUCAAGAAACCUCGUCCGUAUCCCAAAGCGAAACGUCGGAGAAGACCUGGGUCGCAGUCAAGCGCUGAGUGCAGUCCCACAUUGGAAGCAAAGGGUGUGAUGAAUAACUCUUCCCCCUGCACGGAGACACACAAGGACGCAACAGAUUCCCAUACAACGGGCGCAAUAGGCGCCACUCCUAAAGAUUCCACCCAAAUUAAUAGAGACAAAGCAGUAACGAGUGGUGCCUUAGGCCACGAGAGUUACAGCGAUCCGAAUUCUACUUGUAGCGAAGGCGGACCGCAGCAAUCAAGCAGCUGUGGCUCCUCGGAUGAUGACUGGAAUGUCGACCUAAGGACGUUUAACAACAACAAAAAUCGCUCAAAUCAGCGCCAACGUCGCCUUACGACUAGCUCGGACGACAACAGCGUCACAUCGGAAACUGGCUUAGAAAACCCCAAUGCGGAUCAGGCGGACCUGUUUGAUUUAUCAGGCCACGAGGAAGAAGUCCGUCGGGUUAUAAGACAAGCUUCGAGAUGCUCACUGGAUAGUCACGAAGAUGAAGUAGCAUCACCGAGAAAGAAGCACAAGUCGUCCAAGGUGUCAGACUUCCAGUUUUAAACUCGGUCUUUGCGGUUUUAAAUCAAGAAGGCCAGAUGUCCUAGGUUAUACCCAUUAUUAUAAAUAUAUAUAUAUAUUUUUUCGUAUGAAUUUUUUUUUUAUAAUUUUGAUUGUGGCUCUCGUACUCAUCCUGUGUCACGCCAACCUCUGCUAGAUUGUGUGACCAAGAUAUCGUUCUCUUGAGGUCAUAUUGAUCACUACAUAUCCUGGUCUUCGUCACGCGAAAACCCUGCUAGAUUGCGUGACCAAGAAUCGUAUUCUUGAUACCUGUGUCACGCAAACGCCCCUAGGAUUGCGUAUCCUUGGUACCAGAGGUACCUGCGCCUUGGCAGUAAAACUCGACAGUAAAGCUCGAGCCUAUGGUACACAGGGUAAAAAUUGCGUGACUAAGAUCAAGAACUCUUGAUACCUGUGUCACGCAGAGGCCCUAGGAUUGCGUGACUAAGAUCACGUCCUCUUGAUAUCUGUGUCACGCAGAGGCCCCUAGGGUUGCGUAACUAAGAUCAAGAUACCUGUGUCACGCAGAGUCCCCUAGGAUCGCGUGACUGAGAUCAAGUAUUCUUGAUACCUGUGUCAUGCAGACGCCCCUAGGAUUGCGUGACUAAGAUAUAGCUAUUUUUGAGAUCUGUUUUGGAAACGGAAGGAUCGAUACUUGGCGUACUGAGUUUGAGAAUUGUUAGUUUUACAAUUGAUCAAUUACCGCUUUGGCUGAAUCGUUACCAGUAAAAUUAUUAUCAUAUACCCUAACAGUAUAAUAAUGUAUUUAUUGUCAGCUGAAGGCAGGCCCUUUAACAGAAAAAAAUAUCAAAGAAAUUAGCUCCUU